GCACCAUUUACUUGCCAAGCGCCAAAAUACUUCUCUCAAAAUAUCUCCAUUUCUUCUUCAUUUCCAGACACCUCUCCUUCUCUCCCUCCCUCCCCCCCCCCUCUCUCUCUCUCUCUCUCUCUCUCUGUGGAAACCGUUAAUCAGCUUUCAACAGGCAUCUUCACCAAGGAGAGAGAUGGACAAGACAUGCUGGAUAACGUACUUGGAUUCGGAGCAGAUGAUGAGCAUAUCGGAGCUGCUGCCCCUCCAAUCGCUGCUGGCCUUAGGGAUGACGUGCCGGAGAUUCAGGGACAUCUGCUGCUCCGACCGUCUCUGGGAGUCCAUCUGCCGCAGGGAGUGGGGCAACCUCGCCGUCGACGCCAUGCUUCGCUGCUCCACCUCGCUGUCCUCGUCGUCCUCAUCCUCCUCCUCCUCCUCCUCUUCUUCAUCCUCAUCGACGUCGAUGUCGCUGUCGCCGUGUGAAGGGGAGAGGAGAAAGGUCUGCGGGUGGUCGUGGAAGAGGGUGUACGAGCAGGUGCAGCAGAUGAAAUGCCUUUCCUGCAUGAGGCUGACACAGAAGGGGGCUGCCCCUCAUCCCAGGGCCUCCCAUUCCCUCAAUUUCAUAUCUGACUCGCUUGUUCUCUUUGGGGGCGGAUGUGAAGGAGUGCGCGCCAUCUUGGUAGGACGCCAUCUUGAUGAUACGUGGGUUGCUCACGCUGGUAAAGAAAGAGGUUUGAAAUGGCAAUACCUUGGCUCAGGGACCCCAACUGGGCGAUUUGGACAAAGUUGUACCGUUGUUGCUGAUGUGCUUGUCCUUUUUGGUGGCAUAGAUGACAAUGGUAUCCGAAAAAAUGACACGUGGAUUGGGCAUGUCAUCCAUGAUGAACUACAUAGCGUAAACAUCUCAUGGAAGCCAUUGGAAGUGGGUCUCACCUUGCCUCCACCUCGAGGAGCACAUGCAGGGUGUUAUGCAGGCGAAAGGAGAAUGGUGAUCCAUGGAGGCAUUGGUCUGGACGGGGUGCGGCUGAAAGAUACCUGGCUACUGGAGCUCUUUGAUAAUGGGAUGUCGGGGACAUGGAGAGAAAUAGUGACCUCCGUUUCUCCUUUGGCUCGUUCAGGGCACACACUAACAUACAUUAGUGGCUCCUGCAUUGUCCUGUUCGGAGGCAGGGGGCUGGGUUAUGAGGUGCUGAAUGAUGUCUGGCUGUUAGAUUUAACCAGUGUAAGUCCACUGUGGCUUGAGCUUAUGCCUUCUAACACACAUGACAUCCCACUUCCUCGUGUUGGUCACUCUGCAACUCGGUUGCUUGGAGGAAGAGUGCUGAUUUUUGGGGGUGAAGAUUCACAGAGACACAGAAAAGAUGAUUUCUGGGUUCUUGAUACUGGUGCAGCCACAACUGCAAGUGUUAACUCUCAAGCAUCAACAGAUGCAAAUAAGACACCAAGAAAAAUGUGGAGAAGGCUGAAUGUUGAGGGCCAUCUUCCUAUUGGCAGAUCAUUUCAUAGAACAUGUGCUGACAGGUCUAGAUGCAGGAUUUACAUAUUUGGUGGCAUGGUCGAUGGUGUUCUUCAUCCAGCAGAAUCAUCUGGAUUGAGGUUUGAUGCAGAAUUAUACCUUGUAGAACUUGAUCUUCAAUCUUAAAAAGAAACUGUAGCAUCAAGAUGAAUCUGCAUGGUAUGGCCUGCCCAAAAUAUCAAUCAGAUGCAGCUGCACCACGGCCUUCUUUCUAGUCCAAAAGAGUCAAAACAACCUUUUUCAGAGUACUGAUGGGUCCAAGCCAUACCAUAACCUUGCUUUCCAAAUGGACAAGGAUGCUAAUCCCAAAUCUUGAAUCUUCCAUCCUAUCCUUAUGGAAAUGAUUAGAGUAGAUCGUCCUUCCAUGAAUCCAUCCUCGACGCUUUUGUACAAGUUUGCUUUUCCUUUUUCUCUUGACAGUGACUAUGUUCUACCAGUUCUCCACAAACAGCCAAGGUUCUCUGCAAGCAAGAAGCUUAAAGGAGGAACUGUUGGAAUCUGUCGUGGUUGAUUUGUGCAAAAAGAUGAUAUGGAAAGGUCAAAACUGAACAUAGCGAUUCAAUGGGCCCGAGUGACUCACUCAUAACUGGCAGAACCUUUAGCUUAGGCCCACCUUAAUAAUGAGAAAUCCAUCCAGAAGGCUGCUGGAUAGCAGCCAAUGCCCUCCUAAGAGUGAAGAAAAAGAAAAGCUGGCCAUUACAUGCCAAAGCCACCACAUCCUACUGUCGAGAUGGGCAGCCUCUACCUUUCGAAGAUCUCCUCUUCAAAGCAUUUCUUUGCCAGUGGAGUCAUGCAAAGUAUACUUUAUACAUCUCUUGUACAAAUAAGACCCUGGAAAUGCAUGACAGGUCAUUUGACUGAAAUUAAAAUCCAUCAUGAAGAUGCCAGGUCAUAUGGGUUGCUUUGCUUACUCAUUGAGAAGUAGGAGUCGAUAUAAUAAUGUCAUAAAACUUGAAAUGCACUCUUAUUAAUUUUA